AAACUCACGCCCCUUUCCCCCUGCUCCUCACCAAGCAUGGCGCUGAGAUCCGCCGCCGCCGCCGCCCAAAACGGAGGAGGAAUAUGCAAGAGAAUAGUUCGAAAGAUCGGCGACGACAUCUUGCCUCUCGAGGCACUGUACUCCUUGAAGCCCUCCAAGCCCCCCGCCAACAAGGGCCUCGCCGCCGCCGGCGAUUCGGGCGGGGAGAUGACGAAGAGCGCGAAUCGUAGCAUGUUUCCUGGUCGCCACGUCCAGUUCCGCCGGAACAACAAUGGGCCUAAUCGACCAUGGAAGCCAAAUCUAAAGCUGAAGCGAAUGUUCACCUACAUCCACGGCGCAGAAAUCCAACCUAAAGUCACAAUUCACACUGUAAAAUCCGUAGAGAGAAUGGGCGGGAUCAGCAAGAGCACUGUCAUGACACCCUACUACAAAUCAGAGACACAAAUGGGGUUGAUGUGGAAAGGGAAGAUCGAAAGCAAGUGGGUCGAGUUCUGGAACAAAGAAGCUGGCUACUUCUCCCCCGAAGAGGAAGCGAAGAUUGCAAAAGUCCUUCAAGUGAUCAAGCAACCUUAAGGGAAUGUCAAGGAGCCUUCAAUAGCUAAGCAUUUUGCAUAGAAGUAUCCUGAUUUCAAAGUUGCAAUAGUUUUGUUCAGCUUUAAGUUAGGUUUUUGUGACCUUUUAUGUAGAUGACAGCAAACUUUCAACUAUAGGAGGCUUGGGAAAAUGAAAGUGAAGUCAUUUCUUUUCUUUAGAUCGUAUUCGUAACAGUAUUUGUGAAAUAAAAUAUUUAGAGCACACCUUCCUAUGGACAGUAUAAGUUAUUUAGUA